AUCGACUCGAGGGAACCUCGGUUGGGACAAGCCCAUGGGCCGACAAUCGUCGCCGGCGCCAGGCGUCGCCUUUCGAGGACUCAAUGUAUUUGGACAACACUCUAGCGACACCGUCCAACAGAGCGACACCUCCUACCUACUGGCCUUUCCGCGAAAACUUCUACAACUCCUUCAAUGGCGAAGUACUCCGAGGUCUCACAUCCUGCACGGUUUCAAUGGUCUAGUACAACAUGGAGAAAUGGUUCUUGUUCUGGGGAGACCUGGAAGUGGAUGCUCAACCCUACUAAAGACAUUGGCUGGUGACAUGCCUGGCUUACAUGCCGACAAAGCGUCGAAGGUGCUCUACGAUGGAUCGCCACUCACUCACAAGCAACUGCGAGGUCAUGCUAUCUAUCUGGCAGAGCUCGACGUUCAUUUUCCGGAACUAGCUUUGGGACAAACAUUGGAGUUUGCACUGGAAUUACAAAGAUCCAACCAUGAUGCAAAGUCAAACCCAAACAUGACAGCGCAUGAUAUCGCUUCUAAAUUCAAACUCGAAGCUGCGUACUACACAAAAGUCGGCAACGCAAUGAUACGAGGUCUAAGCGGCGGCGAGAAACGCCGCACCAGCAUCGCAGAAGUGUUUAUAAGCCAAAGCCAACUCCAGUGCUGGGAUAACAGCACUCGCGGAUUGGAUAGCUCGACAGCCCUAUCUUUGGUACGGAUUCUGAGGAGAUCGACGACCGAGACUCAAGCAACAGUUCUGAUGAGCAUUUACCAAGCAUCAAAUUCUAUCUACGAGUGCUUUGACCGCGUCAUGGUACUUUAUGAAGGGUAUCAGAUCUAUUACGGCCCUGUUGCAGAUGCCGUUGCGUACUUUGUUGACAUGGGCUUCGAAAAACCUCCUCGAGCAACAUCAGCAGACUUUCUUACCUCUGUUACUAAUCCAGCUGAGCGCCGCAUCCGUGACGGAUACCAAAACCGUGUCCCACGAUCCGCGGAAGAGUUCAAUGAGGCUUGGAGUCGCAGCGAUAUAGCGAAAGCUCUUCUUGAUCAGAUACAGAUCACUGAGGAGACGAUCCGGGAUAGUAGAAAGCUGCAUUCCUCUUUGAACUCUCGUCGUACAUAUGAUGUAUCAACACGAACCCAAAUCGCAUUGUGCAUACGACGCGGAUUCCAAAGACUGCGAAAUCACCCCGGACCCCAGCUUGGUAGUGUCAUCGGCAAUACUAUCAUUGCCAUUGUAGUGGGAAGCGUCUAUUAUAACCUUUCUGAUGAUACUGCCGGCAUGGAUAAGCGCGCUGUCCUGCUAUUCUUCUCACUAAUGAUCAAUGCAUAUGCUCCAGCAUUUGACGUACUUUUGAUGUGGGCACAGCGCCCAAUAGUUGAGAAGCACCACCGAUACGCUUUCUACCAGCCCUUUACUGAGAGCAUCGCCUCAUACAUUUGCGAUCUGCCAAACAAGCUAGCGACUGCCGUCAUGUUCAACGUAACACUGUAUUUCAUGACUAGUCUUCGAAGAUCUGCUAGCGCCUUCUUCACGUAUUUGUUAAUCAUGGUUGUGACCAUCUUGACUAUGUCAAUGUACUUCCGCACUGUCGGAUCGCUCUCUAGGACGCACGAGCAGUCGAUGGUGCCUAGCUCAAUGCUCAUCCUUCUCUUCAGUGCGUAUACCGGUUACAUUAUCCCUGCGAAGGAUAUGGUACCUUGGUUAGCGUGGUUUCGAAGGCUCAAUCCGGUCGCGUAUGCGUACGAAAGCCUGAUAAUCAACGAGUUUGGCAGCCGACACUUUCCCUGCUCCCAAAUGAUACCUUUGAGUGGAUCGCGAGCGGAUAACAUGCAGCAUCAGACAUGCGCAGUCAUCGGCGCACAGCCUGGCCAGAUUGACAUUGAUGGCUCGGCUUACAUUGAGAGAAAAUACAGCUACGUUGGCUCGCACCUUUGGAGAAACUUCGGGAUCCUACUGGUGAUGUUCGUGAUCCUUGGUGCUACCCACCUUGUGGCAACUGAGAUGAUACCUGCGCAACGUUCGCGUGGAGAGGUUCUCAUCCACCGACGAAGAGUGAACCAUCGAAGAUUCAAAGGAGGUGAUGAGGAGUCAGGAACCACUCAGACCGGCAGAGGAAUGGUUCUAUCGCACAACUUCGACGAUGAGAAGUCGUGCGCGGGGUUACAAGAGAAUGGUAACUACGUUCUGGCCCAAUCUGAAUUGAUCUCUUCAGACGACGCAGCCGUUUUCCAUUGGAGCAACCUCAGCUACUCCAUACAGGUUGGCAAAAGAAGCCGGCAAAUUCUGCAUGACGUCGAGGGCUGGGUUCGACCUAGGAGCCUAACUGCGCUGAUGGGAGUGACAGGUGCGGGAAAGACGACCCUACUAGACGUUCUCGCACAGCGUGUCACUGUUGGACAUAUUAGUGGAGACGUCUAUUUCGGAGACGAAGCACCUGAUGUUUUUUUCCAGCGCAAAGUCGGAUACGUCCAGCAAGAUGACAUACAUCUACCCACCGCCACGGUUCGCGAGGCAUUGGAGUUCAGCAUUCGAUUGCGCCGCCCUGACUACUCAUCCGUAGAUGGACCGCAGCAAGUCGAUGACGUGCUUGAUCUGCUAGAGAUGACAUCAUACGCAGAUGCAAUUGUGGGUGUUCCAGGCGAAGGUCUCAACGUCGAACAGCGCAAAAGACUCUCCAUCGCGGUGGAGAUGGUAGCAAAACCAGAACUGCUACUCUUCCUCGAUGAACCAACAUCAGGCCUCGACAGUCAAACGGCGUGGUCCAUCAUCAUGUUGCUCCGCAAGCUAGCUAACAGUGGACAAGCGAUACUGGUAACGAUUCAUCAGCCUUCUUCUCAACUCUUCGCGCUUUUCGACCGACUUCUCCUCCUUAACCCGGAAGGAAAAGUUGCUUACUUCGGAGAAGUCGGACAAGAUGCAAUGACGGUCAUCAAGUACUUUGAGCGCAACAGUGCUGCCCAUUGUGAUGUCUCGCAGAAUCCAGCCGAAUGGAUCUUGGAUGUUUCGAGCAAAGACGUUACUCCAGAUGGACGUGUCACGAAUUGGCAUGAAUGUUGGGUCCAAAGCCAGGAGAGAGAAUCGGUCAUGGAUCAGAUUGCCAAUCUCAAGAAACACCGAGCUUCAGCCCCAGAUUCAAAUUCCACGCCUCGUGACAGCUACUACGCUGCGUCUUUCACGACUCAGCUAAGACUUGUGACGCGACGAAUGUUUCAGGACUAUUGGCGAGACCGGGUUUAUCUUUAUUGCAAACUGACCUUAUGUGUGGUCACCACUUUGCUCAACGGGCUUUCAUUCCUCAAUGCAAGGCUCGACAUCCAAGGGAUUACCAACAUCUUCUUCUCUGUCUUUCUAUUCACUCAACUCUUCAGCACUAUCGACCAACAAGUUAUCCCGCGCCUCGUGGAUGGCCGUUCAAUAUUCGAAGCUCGAGAGAAACGCUCAAAGACCUACUCAUGGACAGUUUUCCUCACAGCCAACAUCCUUGUCGAGCUAUUCUGGCAAACUAUCGCUUCUGUCCUCGUCUUCAUCACCUGGUACUACCCCACCGGUGUAUGGAGGAACGAAGACCCUAGUUUCCCCGGAUCAGAAAGAAGUGGGCUUGCGUUUGGUAUGAUCUGGCUCUUCUGUCUCUGGAUCUCGACAUUUUCGCAAGUUGUAGCAGUCGGUAUGACUCAUGCCGAGACUGCUGUUCAAAUUGCUACUCUAUUCUUUUGGCUUUCACUAGUCUUCUGCGGUGUUUUGGUUACACCGGGGAAUCUACCGCAGUUCUGGCACUUCGUAUACAGAGCGUCGCCAUUAACAUACUUCAUCGAUGGUACGGUCGUCGCAAGUCUAGCCAAUACGAAGAUUACCUGUUCCGACGUGGAGAUUCUUCACAUCAACCCACCUGUUGGGUUGACAUGCAAUACUUAUAUGGAAGGUUGGAUCGGUAUGGCUGGUGGGUACCUGAGGAAUCCGUCAGCGACACAAAACUGCGAAUACUGCCAACUGUCUGACACAAACGUCCUUCUCACUGAGUUCGGGGUCCACGUUCCUGAUCGAUGGCACAACUUCGCAUAUUUGACAGUUUACGUUGUUUUCAAUAUCCUGGCGACAUUUGCGAUAUAUUGGGUCGCCCGGGAAAGGAAAACGACAAAGUCGGAUAUCUCCAGGGCAAAGGGUCUUGAGUCAAAUGAGAAGACGAAGUAAGGUAGGAUGGAUGCGACGU